AUGCCACCUUACUCAGGGCUUCAGAAGCAACAAAUAGCUCAGUUUGUGAACUUCACACAGGCUAAGGAUACGGUAGCCGCCAAGUUCUUGAAGGCGUCUAGGUGGAAUGUCGAAGAGGCUGUUGAUGCUUAUUACCAGAGCCCCCAAGGGGCCGGAGGGAGCAUUCCCGCCAUCAACAAGAUAUUCGACGGCUAUCGAGACUGCCCGGAAGACAACCCCGAUGGCAUCGGCAUCGACGGAGCGAUGAGAUUCCUAGGUGACAUCGAAGUGGAACUAGACGAAGUGGCAUGUCUCGGUAUCGCAGAACUUCUGAAGUCACCGUCUAUGGGCGAAUUUACUCGCGAGGGAUUCCUGAAUGGCUGGAGGGCUGUUGGAUGCGAUACCGUCGACAAAAUGAUCGCCCAUGCGGAUAACCUCCGAUCGCAGAUCCCUACACAGCCAGAACUCUUCCGUCGCGUUUACCGGUAUACUUUCCCGCUCUGUCGGAUGCAGGGCCAGCGGAACCUCCAGUUUGAAAUUGCAUCUGAACAGUGGAAACUGUUCUUCACGCCGGACAAAGGCGGAGUCCAGUGGAAUACGAAGGCGACUCCGUGGUUGGACUGGUGGAUUGAAUUCCUGGAGGAGCGCGGAAAGAAACCCGUUAAUAAGGAUUUGUGGGAACAGGUUGAGGUCUUCAUGCGGAAGUCUCUUGAUGAUGAGCGGUUUGGAUGGUGGAGUGCGGAUGGAGCGUGGCCCGGAGCGCUGGACGAUUUUGUAGUCUGGGUGCAGAAGAAGAGAGGGGAUAAUAUGGAAGUGGAGUGA